UCAUCUUUUGCUUUCGCUACAAAGAUUUUUCUUUUGGUUUUCCCCAAAACAUUCCUCAGCGCAAAUCCAAAAUUCCAAACUCCAAAACCGCCAUCUCUGGGAUCACCCCCCCUUCUUUUUCUCUCUCUUCUUUUUCUUUUGUGUGAAGCUUUUCCAUCACAUUCCAGACAAGGCCCACAAUUUUUGACCCUCAAUCCAACACUCUCUGAUUCACUGCAGCGUCAAUGAGAGUGAGAUGAACACUUGCCACUUCACCCUCUCACACUCUUUCCCUGCCUAGCGUGUCUACCUGGACUCUUCAUUCAUGGCUCCAAAGCGCGUCUACCAAGUUUGGAAAGGAAGUAAUAAAUUCAUAUUUGGAGGGAGGUUGAUAUUUGGUCCUGACGCUAGGUCCCUGUUUGUCACCUUGUUGCUGAUUAUUGUUCCAGUUAUAAUCUUCUGUGCAUUUGUAGCAAGGCAUCUUCGGCAUCAAUUUUCUUCUUAUAACUCAGGAUAUGCUAUUUUAGCAGUGGCAAUUCUCUUUACUAUCAAUGUCCUGGUACUUCUCUUUCUUACUUCCUCACGUGAUCCGGGCAUCAUUCCAAGGAAUUUGCAUCCACCAGAAGAAGAGUUUCGUUAUGAUUCUUCAGUUUCUGCUGAUGCUGGGGGAGCUGGACGACAAACGCCAAGCCUUCAGUUUCCUCGAACAAAAGAAGUUAUGGUCAAUGGCCUCAAUGUGAAGGUGAAAUAUUGUGAGACUUGUAUGCUGUACCGUCCUCCUCGCUGCUCACAUUGCUCCAUUUGCAACAACUGUGUUGAGCGUUUUGAUCACCAUUGCCCUUGGGUGGGUCAAUGCAUUGGUCUGAGGAACUACCGUUACUUCUUUAUGUUCGUUUCUUCAGCAACUAUGCUGUGCAUCUACGUGUUUUCCCUCUCAGCUUUUUACAUCAAGGUUCUGAUGGAUAAUUAUGAUGGAACAGUUUGGAAGGCAAUGAAAGAAUCCCCUUCAUCUGUGAUACUAAUGGCUUAUUGUUUCAUCUCUCUGUGGUUUGUCGGUGGACUAACUGGUUUUCAUUUGUACCUUAUAGGCACAAACCAGACUACCUAUGAAAACUUCCGGUACAGGGCUGAUGGCAGGAUCAAUGUUUUCAAUCGAGGUUGUUUAAAUAAUUUUCUGGAAGUGUUUUGCACGAAAGUAAAGCCCUCAAGGAACAAUUUCAGGGCUUUUGUUCAAGAGGAGGCACCAAGGCCAAUGGCUUCAGUCAUUACCCGGGAACGAGAACCAGAUGACAUGGGUGGAGGAGAUCGCCGCCCCAAGGUUGAAGAUGAUCUAGACAUUGGUGAAGACCUGUUGAAGAUAUCACAGCGUAGGAACAUCGAAGAACUUGAAGAGGACAUUCGGGGCAGAGGCAGCAAUGGACCACCCCAUAAUCCAUCUGAACCAGACUCAAUUUUGUCCUCAGAUCAUCGAGCUCCGACAAUUCGAUCCGACGCAAGGCACUCAAGUUGGGAAAGGAGUGGAAGCUGGGAAAUCGCACAAGAGGUCCUUGCCAAUUCGAAUGUGACUGAAAGCAGAAACUACGUUACUUCAAAGGAAAUGCGGCUAUGAGGGGUGUGGUUUGUCCCUAUGAUAAUUUUAUGGCAUCAACCAUAUAUGAUGUGGGAUUACUUGGAUCCUAAAGGUGGAAAAAGAAAUGGAAAUGGGAGCUGAAUUGGUUGGAACUUUUGGUAUAAAAACUUAGCUUACCUUUUUGUGGUAAUCCUAGUUCUUUGGGAAGGCAUAGAAAUGUGUGUUUGUAAUUUGUUUGAGAAACCAAGUGUCUUUUCUUUCUUUCAUUUUUUAACAGUCCAAUAUAUGGAUAUCAUCUUUACUUGGCUUUAUUCUUUGUGUAA